ACAACUGUAAUGCUGAGUAACAAAACUUAUUACGUCUGUAUAUUUUUUAUUUGUUGUUUGUAGAAUCAAAAAAAUAUUUCAAGAUUACUCACAUUCUCAAAUUUGAAGGGAAUUGGCUGCACAGACGUAUGCCGAUGUGUCAUCAUUGUCAAAUACUACAACAGCGUGAAGUACACAUGACUUUAUCAGCUAUAGAAAAAAAUAAAACAAUUCAAGGGACAUCGUGGUGGAUUGUAAGGCUAUUGCAAUAAUACGGUGAUCGAGCAAUUUGCCGCCGAGCAAAUAUCUGGGGGAUCUUUAAACAUGCAUAUACUCUGAGGCGCGUGAGUAAUUCAAUGCUUCUACGUUUUCGCGAUCAAUAGUUGCAGGAUAAGAGAAGCGUUAGGAUGGAUGAAGAAGAGAUGUUACAUGUACGAGCACCGUAGUGCUGUCAGCGUAGCAAAUCGAGCAAUUAAUGAAGAUAAUAUUAAUGCAUAAUUACUCUGUCAUGGGCUAUUAAAGAUGUACACUUACGCGAUUAGAUUGGAAUCUCUUUGUGAUGCACUUCGAGAAUGGUGUACUGGAACAAGGAUGCUAUUUACGCAUUGUCAAGUUACAAAAUUUUGGCAUGGCCUGUAGGAGUAUGGCCAAUUGAUAAUGAUAUCUUUUAUUCAAAGAUACGUUACUUGUUUGUAAUGAUAAGCGAGAUUUUGCUGACGACAACAUUGUUAAUGGAUGUCUACUUUGCCUGCGAAAACUCCUCCGGGGAUCCAAUUGACACGUACGUGGUGGCCUCAAGCGCAAUGCUGGUAAUUGUCAAACUCACCAUGCUGCAGAUACAACGAUCCACUCUCUCGACCAACCUGUGCUCCGCCAUUCAGGACUGGUGUAGCGUCAAGGAUGCGAGAUCGCGCGAGAUCAUGAUCCAGCACGCGCGUACGGCGAAAAUUAUUUCGCUGAGUUUGUUUUACUGCGGAUUUGUCUCUCUUAUAUUUUACCUGUUGCGACUCUUGCCCUUCGUAAACGCGACCGCCAACGAAAGGACAUUCGUUCUUCCGAUGUCCUGUCUCUUCGAGUCCAUCUCUAAUCUCCAGUAUGCCCUUAUUACGUUCUACCAGGUGAUUCAGUUGUUCAUGACAUACGCUGGAAACUGCUGCACGGAGGGAAUUUUCGUCGGUAUCACGAUGCAUCUGUGCGGACAGCUCGAACUACUGAUGAUCGACUUUCAGCAGUUCGAUCGUCGCAACAAUCGCGGAGGAGGCAGUAUUGUUGAAGAAUUCGUCAUUAGACAUAGAAAAAUAUUAAAACUCACGGAAAACAUCGACGAUUCUUAUAGUAUAAUUAUUUUGACUCAGAUCUUCACUAGCGCUAUUUUGAUAUGCGUAACAGGCUUCGGAUUCAUCAUAUCCUGGCGCAUUCACGACACAGUUAUGAUGGUGAAGAGCUUUGUAAUAAUGAUCGUUAUGUUGCUGCAAUGCUUCCUGUAUUCGUACGCGGGUGAUAAUUUGAGGGAUCAAAGCGAGGCCUUGUCAUUCGCGCUUUAUGAUAGCAACUGGUGCGAUUUUUCGCCCAGUGAUAUAAGAGACCUGGCAUUCAUUAUGAUAAAAACGAAUAUACCCAUCCGACUGACCGCCGGAAAAUUUUUCUAUGUCACACGUGCUACCUUCACGGAUAUUUUGAGAACUGCAGUAUCCUACUUAUCUGCCUUACGUGUUAUGAUUGAGAAACGAGAAACAAAUAGUUAAUGCUUUUGUAUUAUAUGUCAUGUCACACAUUAUUUACGAAAUUCAUUUAUAGCGAUGCGAAAUUUUUAGUCCAAUAUUAAUGUAUAAUAUUAAUAUACAAUUUUAAUUUAUAUUGCGUAAAAACUUAAUUAUUCUUAGAAAAAUAUUACAAGUAAACAAAUCAUUCGAAAAGUUCUUUACUUUGAAUUUCCUUAAUAAGUAUAAGAUAUAAUAACCUGCGAUAAAAUUCUGUGAAUAGAAAAAUUUAAUUGUAAAAGUCAUAUAAUAAAUA